AUGGUUCAUGCUAAGAGCUGGACCCUGAAGAAGCACUUUGUAAAGGGCCACCCUACUAAUAGUGACUUUGAAUUGAAGACAGGCUGCAAAGUUGUUGGAGCAGCAGGGUCUGACAAAAGGGUUGCCUGCCUUGAAAAGUACGGAUUUGAUGUUGCCUUUAACUACAAAACAGUAAAGUCUUUGGAAGAAACUUUGCAAAAAUCCUCUCCUGAGGGUUAUGAUUGUGAUUUUGAUAAUUGCGUGUUGAUUUGUGGGCCGUCCCGUGGGGUCAGAAAGAGUGGAGGAAACAGAAGGCAGAGCUCUGGGAGAACUCUGACAUGCCUUGUACCGCUUGUGUUUUUCACCACGGCCACCUGCCUGGACCCUGUUGCCCAAAUGUGCCCUCCUCUUCACAGGGCCACCCCAGAGGCCACCAUCUUUAAGGAGCUUCACUUCGAAGGCUUCCCCUUCUACUGCUGGCAAGGAGAAGUCGGCCAUGCUCUGAAAGGCUUGCUGACAGGGGUCUCAGAGGGUAAAAUCCAGUACCGUGAACACAUCACUGAAGGAUUUGAAAACAUGCCAGCUGCAUUUAUGGGAAUGCUGAGAGAAUUUGGGGAAGCAGUAGUGAAAGCAUGAAAAAAAGUGACACAUGGAAUCUAGAAAUCAUUUGGAUGAUUACUUCGUUUCUUUAUAAUCAUUUAGUAAAAGGACAGACUGAUGACACCCAAACGCAAUACAUGCUGGACCAGAAACCAGAAGUCAAGAGCAUGCCUCUCACUGUUGUGGCCUCUCCCGUUGUGGAGCACAGGCUC